AUGUAUCCAUUUCCUCCCAACCAAUACUACGGAAAACCUCCCACUGCAUCAUCCUCAGCCGUUCCUGUUUAUCACAAGAACACCACAUCUAAUUCCACAAGCACAACUUUUCAUUCAUCACACAACUCAGGAGAGUGUUCGAUUUGUGCUGAUGAAUAUUCCAUCUCUCCUUUUGUCAUUCAUCCAUGUAGAACAUGUACCAAACGUACGGUCUGUGACAAUUGUCUUGUCAAUUAUUUGGAUCAACGCAUCAAUAAUAAUCAUUUUCGAGAAAUUCGUUGCAUCGAUGAAAAUUGUAACGCUGUCAUGGAUUCUUCACACAUUCUCGAAUAUUUGCGUCAACUAGGAGGACACAGAAAGAAUUCUCUUGUUGAUCGUUAUGAUCGCUUCUUGCUGAAUGCGUUUAUGAGUACACAAGAUGGGUUUAUUUGGUGUGAACAUAAUUGUGGUGAUGGGUUCAUUCAUUUUGAAAAAGAAAAGGCACCAAUUGUCACUUGUAAAACAUGUCACAGAAAAACAUGUUAA